AUGAGGUCCUGGUUCUCAUUCUCCCUUUUGGCCCUGACUACGAUUGUCGGAGUCAUCAAUGCCAAUGCCGAAUAUACCGGAACGGAUUGCAACCCCCUCAACAAGACAUGCAGUGCGGAUCCCGCCCUCGGAACCGAGCACACAUGGCUGUUCAACUCAACUCUUGACACCGAGCUCUGGGACAUGAAAACCGGAACUCUGGACUACACAUCUGAAGGAGCCGACUUCAGCAUCAAAACCGAAAACGCGUCAACUCUCCUAGUGUCCAACUUCUACAUUUUCUUCGGUGUGAUGGAAGCGCACGUCAAGAUGGCCAAGGGAGCCGGCAUCAUCAGCAGUGUUAUUCUACAAUCUGACGACCUGGACGAGAUCGACUGGGAGUGGGUUGGGUAUAACACGAGCGGAGUGCAAUCUGAUUUCUUUGGCAAGGGGAAUACAACCACGAGUGAUCGUGGCGGAUAUCAUGCGGUUGCAAAUGCAGAUACCGAGUUCCACAACUACACCUCGUACUGGGAUAAAGACCGUCUGGAAUGGUGGAUUGAUGGCGACUUGGUGCGGACAGUGAACUAUUCCGAGCCGUUGACUGUGUAUGGCAAAAACUACCCCCAGACACCUUGUCAGGUCAAGAUUAGCAAUUGGCCGGUUGGAGUCAAGGGACAGUCGCAAGGCAAUCUCGACUGGGGUGGUGGUUUGGUUGACUGGUCCAGUGUCCCGUUCACUAUGACUGUAUCAAAGAUCCGUGUUCAGGAUUUUUCCAGUGGAAAGGAGUACAAGUACAACGGAAAUACGGGCACCCGUGAGAGUAUUGAGGUGGUCAGUGGAAACUCAACCGCCGUAACACAAAUCAACAAGGCACCAGCCAAGACACUAUCCCAGAAAUGGGAUGAUCUUGGCCAGGGGGCUCAUAUCGGUGUGUACUGCGGUGCAGGUGUUGCUGGUGCUCUUAUCCUUGGCGCAUUUAUAUUUUAUUGUUUGAAGCAACGCCGGAGCGGCCGUCUACAACGCGCCUUGAACGAUGGUGAAUACAAUGCAGAGCUCACGACGUUGGAGCAGUCAAAGUUGAGAUGGAGGCAAAGUGAAUUGCGUAGCAAAGGCAGCUACCAGCCGGUUCCUUAACCAGCUUCAUUUGUGGAUAAUGUUUCGGUCAUAUUUAUUAAUUUAAUGUCUCACAUUCUUGUAUAUCCCGUGUAAUGAGUUCGAAGCAGG